AUGAGGAAACCUUGUUGUGAUCAUAAUAAGCAUGAUAUGAAUAAGGGAGCUUGGUCUAAGGAAGAAGAUCGAAAGCUUAUAAACUAUGUUAUCUCUCAUGGUGAAGGUUGCUGGGCUACCAUCCCUCAGGCUGCAGGCCUGCUUCGAUGCAGCAAGAGCUGUAGGAAAAGAUGGUUAAACUACCUUAAGAGAGGAAACUUUGCUGAAGAUGAACAAGAUCUAAUAAUCCGGCUCCAUGCCCUACUUGGCAACAGAUGGUCACUGAUAGCUGGGAGACUACCAGGGCGUACAGCUAAUGAAAUCAAGAACUAUUGGAACUCACACUUGAAGAAAAAACUUGAGAAUAUGGGGAUUGAUCCUAAUAAUCAUCGCAUACCUCAGGGUAUCUCCUUCCUCCAGGGAACUAAAUCGGAAGCUGAAAUUGAGCAACUACACUCAUCAGAUAUCAAUUCUGGAAGCAAUUGUGAUCAAGAAAGUAGUUCUAGUACUCGACCUGCAGAUAAUCUCACAAUGGAAACUUCUUUUCCCACUCAUCUACCUAAACAAUGA